AUGUCAGAGGAUCGUUCGAAACAAACGGCGUCAACCCCCGCCCCGGCUCCCGUCACUCACCAACUGUUUAUGGAAAAGGAAUUGGCGGAAGAAGCGUUAAAAAAUGCUGCCGCAAAGGAGUACGACGCCUUCGAGACUGCUGCACGAAUUCCGUUUACCUCCGCUACACUGAAUGAUCGUCAGCCAACGGCUUUGUCAGAGACGACGUCGCUGAAGAGCGCAAACGAGUCACCGGAGGAAACGGCUGAGAGUAUCAGGGAGUUUGGAUCUGAGGUCCUAGGCGAAAUCAAAAGCAAAGUGGACUCGGUGCUGACUGAAAAAGAAAAAUCACCACCCAGCGAGGUGGAGUCGAGCGAUUUCGUGAAGCUGGAAAAACCACGGGAACCAGCCUUUGGUGUGGAGCAAGCAUCGGAAGACAGAAAUUCAGUCGGGCAAAGCAUAAACGCUGUGUUCACCGAUAUAAAGGAAAAGCUGGCUCCCGCUGCGGAAGUUAUCGACUCCCAAGUGAAGGCAGCAUCGCACGCGGUCGGCGACUUUUUCAAGAAGGAAACGACCGGCAAGCCAGCUGCACCCGAGGAACUCCGACAGUCGAAAAAAGAGGAUUCUGAGGCGUUUCAUGCUGAACAGCCUCUUAUGGAGUUCGGUGACUUUCUUGAACGCAAGAUGGUGCAUCCGCUGGAAACCGGCAUCAAGGAAGUGGAAGACAACCUGCUAUCAAAGAAGUCGGUGCCUGAGAAGGAGACGGCCGCCAAAACCCAGCCGAGUACUCUAUCGAUCAUCCGCGAGGACCUGGUCGAACACCCAGCGUCGAAAAACUUCCCUGUCUAUGAUGAGUAUGCCGUGGCAGCAGGAAAGCAGGCACCUCUUCCCGGAAAAGCACAGGAACCGAUGGCAAGACCUCGCUUACCCCCCGAAUUUACUCCCGUCGGUGCCAGGGACGAGAAAGCACCAACGAAACUACCAGAAACGGUCGAGACGGGCGUUGGACGUGCAAAACAAGUGGUGUCAGUGGUCGAAAGGAAGGGUCACUUGACCAAAGCAACCUGUUCCGGCUGCUGGAUCAAGUCCCUUUGCGAUAACGAGCAUCGUAAGUAA